AUGAAGUUCUCCAUCGCUACCGCUCUUCUCGCCGCCACGGCUUCUGCCCUCCCAACGGCCCAGGAAUCUGCUCUUGAGGCUCGCCAGCUCGGCAGCACCCGCAACGAUCUCAAGAAUGGCAACUCUGGCAGCUGCCCCGGUGUCAUCUUCGUCUUCGCUCGUGGCUCCACUGAACUUGGCAACCUGGGUACUCUGGGUCCCCGAGUUGCUUCCAAGCUCGAGAGCAAGUAUGGCAGGAACGGAGUCUGGAUUCAGGGUGUCGGCGGUGCUUACACUGCUGGCGUCGGCGAGAACGCCCUCCCCCGUGGAACUACCACCGCUGCCAUCCGAGAGAUGGUUGGCCACUUCAACGAUGCCAACCAGAAGUGCCCCAACGCUGUCAUCGUUGCUGGAGGAUACAGUCAGGGUGCUGCUCUCGCUGCCGCUGCUGUUACUGAUGUCGACCCCGCCAUCCGCGAGAAGAUCGCCGGUACCGUUCUCUUUGGGUACACCAAGAACCUCCAGAACCGUGGCAAGAUCCCAUCUUACCCCGAGGACCGCACCAAGGUCUUCUGCAACGCCGGCGAUCUCGUCUGCACCGGCACUCUCAUCGUCGCUGGCCCUCAUCUGCUCUACCAGACUGAUGCUUCCGGCCCUGCUCCUCGCUUCCUGAUUGAGAAGGCCGAUGCUCUUGGUGCCGGAAGUGCCUAA